AUGAACAUCAAGGUCAAGACUCUCACCGGCAAGGAGAUUGAGAUUGAUAUUGAGAAGACGUCGACCGUCUUGCAGAUCAAGGAGCGUGUCGAGGAGAAGGAGGGCAUUCCCCCUCCCCAGCAGCGCCUGAUUUUCGGCGGCAAGCAGAUGGACGACCCGAACACCGCCGAGUUCUAUAAGAUCGAGGGCGGCUCCGUGCUGCACCUGGUACUGGCCCUGCGCGGCGGCUCAAACUAA